UGCCAAACCCGCCUCUCUCGUAUGCAUGGACGUCCGCCGCACCACCAGCUGUCCACUUUAACACCGCCUCUUGCUAGUCUGCGACACCGUCGCUUACCUCCUAUCCGUCGGCGGUGACCGUUUCGAUAACUGUAAGAUCGACGAGAUCUCCCGUUCCAACGGCUGUGAAAUCAUGUCCAAAGCUCGAGUCUAUGCUGACGUCAACGUCCUUCGUCCUAAGGAGUACUGGGAUUACGAGUCUCUUACUGUUCAAUGGGGUCUAAAGAUCAAGAUGAUUACGAGGUUGUUCGGAAAGUUGGAAGGGGAAAAUACAGUGAGGUUUUUGAAGGCAUAAAUGUCAAUAACAAUGAACGCUGUAUAAUCAAGAUCCUCAAGCCUGUUAAGAAAAAGAAGAUUAAGAGAGAGAUAAAAAUCCUUCAGAAUCUAUGUGGUGGGCCGAAUAUUGUUAAGCUUCUUGAUAUUGUAAGGGAUCAUCACUCCAAAACGCCUAGCUUGAUAUUCGAGCAUGUCAACAGUACGGAUUUCAAAGUUCUCUUUCCUACUUUGAUGGACUACGAUAUUCGCUACUACAUAUAUGAGCUCGUCAAGGCGUUAGAUUACUGUCAUUCACAAGGAAUAAUGCACAGAGAUGUCAAGCCUCACAAUGUCAUGAUAGAUCAUGAGCUGCGCAAACUUCGCUUGAUAGAUUGGGGACUUGCUGAAUUUUACCAUCCUGGCAAAGAGUAUAAUGUCCGUGUGGCUUCUAGGUACUUUAAAGGUCCCGAGCUUCUUGUUGAUUUACAGGACUAUGACUAUUCACUGGACAUGUGGAGCCUCGGUUGUAUGUUGUUUGCUGGAAUGAUAUUCCGGAAGGAACCAUUCUUCUAUGGCCAUGACAACCAUGACCAAUUAGUUAAAAUUGCGAAGGUGCUCGGAACGGAUGAGUUAAAUGCUUAUCUCAACAAAUACCAUUUGGAGCUCGAUCCUCAACUUGAUGCCCUUGUUGGAAGGCACAGCCGCAAACCCUGGUCCAAAUUCAUUAACGCAGAUAAUCAGCAUCUCGUUUCCCCGGAGGCAAUUGAUUUUCUUGAUAAGUUGCUUCGGUAUGACCAUCAGGACAGGCUAACUGCUAGAGAACUAUGGCCCAUCCUUACUUUGCACAAGUCAGGGCAGCAGAGAGCAGCAGGAUGCGGACUCAGUAGCUCAUUCCCCGGGAGGAUUUCAUUUGUAAAUCAGAACCGUACUCAUUUGGGGUAAGACAUGAGUUUGCUGUUUAUUGUUUAUUAUAUAUCGUGGCUUCCAUUCCCUGUGUUAAGGCAGUUUGAAAGGCUGUGGACUUCUCAUUUACUUUCAUUCGCCUCAGUAACUUUGUCCGAGAGUUUAAUACAUUU